AUGUCAGAUAAUUCAUUGAAGCUUGAAUUGCCUUGGGUUGAAAAAUACCGUCCACAAAAAUUAGAUGAUGUUACAGGAAAUAUAGAGACGAUAUCACGCUUAAAAUUAAUAGCACAAGAUGGUAAUAUGCCACAUUUAAUCAUUUCAGGUCUUCCAGGUAUUGGUAAAACUACCUCAAUCCAUUGUCUUGCCCACGAAUUGCUUGGUGAAGCCUAUUCAAAUGCCGUUUUAGAACUUAAUGCUUCUGAUGAUAGAGGUAUCGAUGUUGUUCGUAAUAAGAUAAAACAAUUUGCACAAAAGAAAGUAUCAUUACCAGAAGGGAGACACAAAAUCAUUAUAUUGGAUGAAGCUGAUUCAAUGACACCUGGUGCUCAACAAGCAUUAAGAAGAACCAUGGAGAUUUAUUCAAAUACAACUAGAUUUGCAUUUGCUUGUAAUGUGUCAAAUAAGAUUAUUGAGCCUUUACAAUCUCGUUGUGCCAUUUUGCGUUAUACAAAAUUAAGUGAUGAAGAAGUUUUGAAAAGAUUAUUGGAGAUAAUCAAGUUUGAAAAAGUGGAAUACUCUAAUGAUGGUCUUGAAGCUUUAAUAUUUACAGCUGAAGGUGAUAUGAGACAAGCUAUAAAUAAUUUACAAAGUACUGUUGCAGGUUUUGGAUUUGUCAAUGGUGAAAAUGUUUUCAAGAUUGUGGAUAGUCCUCAUCCUUUGAUUAUCAAGAAAAUGAUUUUAAGUGUUGUCAAUGGUGAUAUAGAUCAAAGUUUGGAAUUACUGAAAGGAUUAUGGGAUAAAGGUUACUCUGCAAUUGAUAUUGCUUCCACAAGUUUCAAAGUUGUUAAAAACUUGGACGAAAUUGACGAGAGUGAUAGAUUAGAAAUAAUGAAGGAAAUUGGGAUCACUCAUAUGAGAGUUUUAGAAGGUGUUGGAUCUUAUUUACAACUAAAUGCAUUGAUAGCCAGAAUUGCAGCAUUAAAAUAUUGAACAAAGGGAAAAUAAAUGUAAAAUAAUGACUUCAUAACUGAUUCCUUUUUGUAGUUUAUAAGAUGAACUUCCAUAAUUCCUCUUACACCCGGACACCUCGAUCUCUACGAGUUCGCGAAUUCCUUACUGUCAAAGAUUCAUGAUUUCACUGCUCAAACAAAUUAUUCGUUGGACAAAAACAACAACCUUUGGAAACAUAGUUCAAUUCCAAACUCAGAGCUAUUUAAUUGUUAUUCAGUUCAACUCAAUCAUGUCUGAAUCAACAAUUGUCUCUAAUGUGUCUGUCCAAGUGAUUGAUGAAGAUAAGGUAUUCCAG